GCUGUCAUCGCACGCCCGACACUUUUUAACCGAGAGGAAUACGCGCAUCGCGACACGGGAAGGCUCUUUUGACAUCACCGUCGGUAACGUUAAAACGGCGAAGAUGAAAGUUGUCGGCCCAACCUGCGCGCUGAAGAACAAGGUUGGCGGCGAGGACGUGGUGCGGCGCCUGUCGGAGCAGAGCUUGGCCAUCUCCAAGUGCAAGCUGCCUCUUCUCGACGAGCAGAUGACCAUGUUCCUGCAAGACAUGAACAGCUGCUACAGCAAACUGAAGGAGCUGGUACCCACGCUACCGACCAACAAGAAGGCCACCAAGGUGGAGAUCCUUCAGCACGUCAUUGACUAUAUCUGGGAUCUCCAGGUGGAGUUGGACGAACCGGGGAAAAAGAAUCAGAGCUCUGCGAGCUCCGCUCCGAGGACUCCUCUCACGGCCCUUAACGCAGCCAGCAUCUCCGUCGAGAACGGCUGCUCAGAAGACAGGAUCAUGUGUCGCUGAAAGCCGGACGAACCUGUAGAGGACAGCGGAAUCUGCAAACGUAGUCAGCUGCUGUUCGUCCGUGCCGUAACACCUUGGAUCUGCGCGGGGACGUUCACCCAACUCCCGGUGGAGAAAAGACUGUUGUUGUUGUUGUUGUUUAUGAACUACGAGGACAUUUCUCGGACAAACUGAACUGUGAUUCUCCCAUCUUAAUGUUUUGGGGUACAGUUUAAACUCGGAUGGUUGUCUGCCGUGGAAUCCAUGGCACCCAAAAUCCAGCCACCCCAUAAAUUUGAUCGUGUAUUCUUACGGAAUUUCUCUAAUGCCUUAUACUGUCAUACCUUUAGAAAGUUUUAUUUUGUUAUAAAGCUUGAUUUUCUCAGAUUACUGAGCAAAAGAAUGUAUUGUAUAUUACAAUGACACGAAGGACGUUUUAUUGUGUUUUUUACAAUGUACCUAUUUUUUGUGGGUCUUUUUAUUAAAAAACAAAUUCUUA